GCAAUUUAAACUGUUCUCACACCUUUGCCAGGACACAAACAAACUUUACUCACGUACAGAAUUACAGAGCUAGUGCGGGUAAGGCAGGAGCCAGUGUGGCAGUUGUUCAUAUAGUCACUGUUGCUACUAUCAUCUAAAACCACCAGUUUGGAUGUGAAGGACGUCUUCUAUUGCUGCCGUUAAACCAAAGCUGAGGGUUGCGGUCAAUACUACUUUCCAGAAAGAAACACCUGCUCCUGAUACAUUGGCGACAAUGGCUGCCCAGCAUACUCUAGUGAUGUUCCUCAGAGCUCUCACAUUGUGGAUGUUCCAUGUCUUUAUGCCCUGCUUGGGAGCUAACGUUAAAAUAGGAAUCCCAGAAAACUACGAUGGAAUCUUCCCGUGGUAUCUUUCAAAGCUCCCCAGCCUCACCACCAACUACAGUGAGCUGUUGAUCCGGGGGGACGACGAGGGAAUAUUUGGGGUAGACGCAGCAUUUCUAUAUGCUCUGAAACCCCUUGACCGAGAGAAGCAGCCCUCCUACUCUCUACAAAUGAUGUACCGCAUGGCGGGCCAGCGGCAGAGCUUCACGGUAGAGGUGUGUGUCAUUGACAAGAACGACAACGUCCCCACCUUCAGUGCGGUCAGCAUGCGGGGCAGCGUGCAGCUCGGCCUGCUCAAAGGUAUCCCCUUCAUGCGUGUGGAGGCGUCUGACCGAGACGACAGGAACACUGCCCACGCUGAGCUGAGGUUCCUCCUGAUGGACCAGACGCCCCGCAUCCCCGCAGCACACAUGUUCGCUAUAGACAGCGUCCAAGGAGAAGUGUCCCUGACAGAGGACGGGGCGUCCACGCUGGACCCAGAAAUGUGUGGGCGCUACAAGCUGCUGGUGAUGGUGAAGGACAUGGCCGGCAAGGCAAACGCCUUCUUCUCCACCGGCACCGUCACCGUGGAGGUCACCGGCAACACCUGGGCUUCGCCCGACCCCGUCCGCCUGCAGGAGAACCUGCCUGGGCCCUACCCUAUCCCCAUCUCUCAGGUAAAGUGGAGUGGCAGCCAGGCAGAGUACAGUCUGGAGGGGGAGUUUCCAGAGAUGCUGUUCACCAUAAGCAUGGAUGGAGUAAUCUCCCUCAAUGCUCCCCUGGACAGAGAGACCCAAGACCAGUUCCAGAUCAGCAUCGUAGUGGAGCGACCGGAUGGGCGGGAGAUAGCCAAGCCAGUGGAGCUGAGGGUGAUGGUGGGAGACGCCAACGAUAACAGACCCACCUUCCCCCAGGCCCAAUACCACACUGUGGUCAAAGAACUGGCACACAGAGGGACUGAGAUCCUGACCGUGCAGGCCGCAGACAAUGACGAUCCCAAGACUGAUAACGUCCGCAUCUUCUACCGGCUGGUGGUCCAGAUCCCAGAGACCCCCCGGGCUCUGUUCAGGGUGGACCGGGACUCGGGCGUCAUCUCGGUCCAGGCAGACAGCAUGGAGGGCACCGCCCCCCAGUACACCCUCACCAUCACCGCCGAGGACGCUAAAGGUCUGAACAGCUCCUGCACCGUGGUCGUGACGGUCCAGGAUGAGAACAACAAUGCCCCGGUCUUCUCACAACACGAGUACGGGCCGUACCACAUCCCGGAGGAUGCGUUGGUGGGUACCACGGUUACGGCGGUGGUGGCGGGGGAUGCGGAUGUAAGAGGAGGGGACAGCUGGCAGGUCAACUACCGUCUGGAGUCUGGGAACGAAGAGGACGUGUUCAUCCUGGCCGUAGACCGCCACACCAAUGAGGUCUCGCUGGUCCUCUCCAAGGUGCUGGACUUUGAGCGUGAGAGUGAGUACAUCCUAGUUCUCAGUGCCCGCAACCCAGUGGCUCUGGUCCGUGGUCGCUACGGGCCCGCAUCAACAGCAACCGUCUCCAUCUACGUUGAUGAUGUAAAUGAAGGACCAAUCCUGUCGCAGAGCCACUAUGAGGUUACGGUCAGGGAGGGGGAGGAGCCUGGCCGGGUCAUUGCCACCAUCCGUGGUCAUGACCCUGACUCCCAUCCAAUCAGAUACUCCCUGAGAGGAGACACAAAGCGCUACUUCUCCAUCGGGAAGUAUUCAGGGGAGCUGAAGACGGUGCAGGCGCUGGACCGAGAGGAGAACAGCACCUACACCAUGGAGGUCAUCGCUGUGGACGGACGGAACGCAAACUUGUCAGCAUCCACGCUGGUGACAGUGCAGAUCCUGGACGUAAACGACAACAGUCCGGUGCUGGUGGGCGACUACUCCUGGAAGUACCUGUGUACCCCCCGCUGGGAGGAGCAGGCGCUGGUGCUGGCGUCACGAGACAGCGACGGGCCCCAGCACGGCGGGCGCCUCAACUUCUCCCUCCGCAGCGAUGCCACCGUGCGACGCAACUGGAAACUCACGCCUAUCAACGACACCCACACCAAUUUGUCUCUGAAUAUCCCCUACCUUUCUCCGGAGGUCUACACUGUCCCCUUCACCAUCUCCGACAGCAGCUCCCCCCCACGGAGCACCUUCAUCAACCUACCAGUUACCGUGUGCCCGUGUAACAUCCGAGGGAACUGCAAGAUGGCGGCAAAGCAGCUGGAGGGGAUGCCCACAAUCCAAUCUGCUGUAGGGAUCUUGCUGGGGACCUUUUCCUUUAUAGGUAUUAUCCUGGUGGUGAUUUUUGUGCGACUGUCCUAUCAGAACCCCAAACGGCCCAGCAGGACCAGCCAAGAGAGAGUCCCCCUCAACAUCUCACUGUGACCAGGAAGUGAAGCCACAGAUCAUAGGUUAAAGAAGCAAACACAAAGGACGUCCAUAUCAAGGACACAUUAUCACAUGCUCAUUUAGUCCUUUCAUGUCAGGGAUGUCGGGAAAACAGUUUUAGUAAUAGUAAUAAAUAGUCGAUAGUGCUUGUCAAUUUUAGGAUGAAUAUUAUUUUAAAUGUUUAUUGGUCAAAAAGAUCCAGACAUAUCUCCAACCGAAACAAGAAUAGGUAGUUAUUAAAUUUGUCCAAAAUGACCCGUAAGAGUGUUCACUGGUAGAGACAAAUGACUGGUUGAACAAAAUCUGUAUGACAGAUUUCUAUCUGCCAAACCAAAUGGGUGACAUUUGUUUUUCAUUUGUCUUUUUGAUAAUAUUUCUUGCAAGAAAUGUACAUUUAACUUCAUUUACUUUGUUCAGUGAAUGUACAUCAUCUUUUAAUCAUUAUCUUUGCAUAGUGUAGUCUUCUGAGCUAUUCAGUGUUAUUUGAUGUAACUGAUAUGUUCUUUCAUGUUCUUUCAUAAAAACAUUGAUUUUCGAUUGACCAAGGGAUGACAUUCCUUCUUCUUCUUUGGGACAGACUCGGCUGACUUUUUUAAACAUUCCAAAGCCUCAUUUUAUCAAUACAUUUUUCCUUAAGAUGAUCAUCAGAACUGAAUAGUGCUUUAUAGGUUUUUGAGGCAUGAAUGCAAUCAAUAAAUUAAAGCAGACGAAAGAUAUUUAUUCUAAAAUUAUCAAUUUGGAGGCUCUAGCCCUGCAUGAAGAGUAUACUUAGAACCUGACCCAGGGGUCAAGGAUUUUUUGGAGUGAGCUAGAGAUCUGGGGUAUGAAGGAGGGACACAUGACAUGUAUGACUAUAAAUGUUGGGCUUUAGCUCUACAUGAAGUGACUCACAAAACAUCAUCAAAUGUGACAUUAAAAGUAUUGAAAACAAGGUUUUGCAUAAAUUAAUCGAAAUACAUUUUCUAAUAGAUGGGAAUUUGGGCCGUUCUAUCUACCUAUCUACCAGGGGUGCAUUCAGAUCACUCUGUGGAAAUCUCUAAAAAGGCGGCGCUUCACCAGCAAACACACAUAUGGGUUGUUUUGGGUCGUAUUGACAACCUACAUAUCGUUUAGGU